AGAGAAGAGCGGCAGGAUGCCGGAGGGUGUGAGCAAGGACGGCAAGGACGGCAAGGACGGCAAGGAUGCGAAGGCGAAGGCGAAGGAGUCGCCGAAGCGCCGCACAAACCUCGCCAAGAUUAAAGUCGAGCUGCUAGACGGGUCGACUAUGGAGCUCGAGGCCGAUAGGAAAAUCCGCGGUCACGAGCUACUCAGCAAGGUCUGCGACAGUCUCAACCUGGUCGAGAAGGACUACUUCGGUCUACUCUACGAGGAUAGAGGGGAUCCGCGAGUAUGGAUCGAUUUGGAGAAACGUGUGUCCAAGAUGCUGAAACAUGAGCCCUGGGUGGUGAGGUUCGCGGUAAAGUUCUACCCUCCAGAACCAGCACAGUUGCAAGAAGAGUUGACGCGGUACCAACUAGUGUUGGCAAUCAGAAAAGAUCUACUAGACGGUCGCCUCCCAUGUUCGACGGUAACCCACGCGUUACUAGCAAGCUACCUCCUCCAGUCCGAGCUAGGUGAUUACGAGGAGACGGAGAACGGUGCUGGUCUCUGUAAGCAACUGAAACUGGUUCCACCUUCAUCGUGCACUCCUGAACUUGAGGAGAAAGUCGUGGAACUUCACAAGACGCACAGAGGUCAAACUCCGGCUGAAGCGGAGUUGAACUAUCUGGAAAACGCUAAGAAGUUAGCAAUGUACGGCGUAGACCUUCAUCCAGCUAAGGAUUCCGAAAAUGUCGACAUCACCCUGGGUGUCUGCUCGUCCGGUCUUUUGGUGCAUAGAGAGAAACUACGUAUAAACCGUUUCGCGUGGCCGAAGAUACUCAAGAUCAGCUACAAGCGUCACAAUUUCUACGUCAAACUUAGGCCGGGGGAGUUCGAGCAGUUUGAAUCGACGGUUGGUUUCAAAUUAGCCAAUCACCGAGCGGCGAAAAAGCUCUGGAAGACUUGUGUCGAACACCAUACUUUCUUCCGGCUGACGACCCCGGAGCCGGCGGCGCGCAGCUCGCUGUUCCCGCGGCUGGGCUCGCGCUUCCACUACAGCGGCCGCACGCACUACGAGUCGCGCGCCGCGCCGCCGCGCCGCUCGCAGCCGCACUUCGCGCGCACGCUGUCCUCGCGCCGCCUCUCCUCGCGCAGCGCCGACGCAUUGGCGUCUGGCGACAAAGAUGAGGCCAUGCCACCGGACGCCACUAAACGCCACACGAUGCCACCGCAACCAGCGCCUCGGCCUACCAUCAAAGAUAAGCUUCGAAGACGCUCCGGAGGCGCGGCGUCCGCGUCCUCGGCCUCAUCGCUCGAGGGCGAGUACUACGCCGACACUAAGAAACCGCCACCGGGAGCCAUUAAGGUGAUGCCAACAGCGGCUGUCGACAAGAAGGAAGAAAAGAAAUUAGCUGAAAGGAAACCAGCUGAAAAUGGUACCGAUACUACAAGUGAUCCAGGAAUCACAAAUAACGUGGAGACACCUAAGAAAUCGAAGGGAGGUUUCGGACUUUUCGGUGCCAGAAAGGACAAAUCGCCUAAAGAUGAUAAAUCACCUAAAGAAAAAUCCCCGAAAGAAAAAUCACCAAAAAUUAAAGAUAAGAAGGUCAAAGACCCGAAAGCGAAAGUGGCUGUGCUCGAUACUUCAAACGACAGCUCGAACCUUGAUAGUUCAGUUGAUAAGAGUCCUGUGAAGGGUGACGGUAAACCAAGCUUUACUAAACCAUACGAAUAUACAGAUACGGAAAAGAGUCCAACUCGUAAACCCUUUAUCCAAGGUGCGUUUAGUUACGAAAAAGAACCGAUUUCUGAUGAAAAACAAAGAGCCUUGGAUGAUAAUCAAAGUCCGGGAACAAGAAAGGCAGGUUUAGCUUUUAAUUACGCUCCAGGCGAAGAUAAGAAAGUUGCUGAAAGCGCUGAAAAGAGAAAAACGCCGGAAGAUCCGAGCAAACUAAAAACGCCAGGAAUUGAUUACGUCCAAUCAGCGGCAUUGAAAGAACAAGCUAAAGUGCCUAAAUCCAAUUUGAUAGAUCCUACACUUGCAUUGUUAGAUGCUGAAAGAGCGCAUCACGAGGCCCCUGUAGCUGUUGCUCCUGUGGUUGUUAAGCCCGAUAAUGAGAUUCAAGUUGUUAUCAUAACUGGUCGUUAUAAUCCAAAGUCAAAGAAAUUAGAUGAUGCCAACGGCACCGUUUUAGUUACUAAGGGUACGUUAAACAAGGCGAAUGGAAAAAUACAAACGGAGAAGGAACUUAUUAAUACUAAAUCUGGUCAAAUAAAUUAUACGGACCCAGCAACAGGAAAAGAAGAAGUAAAGAAUGGUCAUGUUGAUUCUAAAACGGGACACAUAUUAUUCACAACUGGUGUCGUUGAUCCAAAGACAGGUAAAAUAGACCCAACUUUGGCUCAACAAUACUGUUUCGUAGAGAAAUCUAAAGACAAAGUCGGUGCUAAGCCUGGUAGAGAAGUCAAUUUGGUUGUUAUAACUGGAAAGUAUGAUGGUAAACAUAAGAAAUUAGACGCGUCCCAUGGACAUGUAGACGUUUCUAAGGCUGUUGUCGCUUCUGAUGGUACAAUCUCAUCUAACUAUGGUCUUAUUGAUCCAAGAAGCGGAAAUAUUGAUUACAUCGACCCUAAAACAGGAAAACAAGAUCCAAAACAAGCGUAUGUCGAUCAAAAGACAGGUAAUCUUCUACUUACAACAGGGGUAACUGAUCCAAAAUCUGGUAAAAUUGAUUCAUCAUUAGGACAACAGUUCAGUAUUGUGGAAAAAGACGCCACGAAAGCUAACAGAGAAGUUCGGUUGGUAGUGGUCACAAGUAAAUACGAUUUGAAGAACAAGAAACUAGAUCCCUCAUUUGCUCAUGUGGAUUCAAUCAAGGGAGUUCUUAGUGGUGCUGACGGUAAAAUAUAUACUGAGUAUGGUAUUAUUGACCCAAGGACUGGUGAUAUUCAAGUAACUGAUCCCAACACGGGCAAGCAAGAGAUUAAACACGCAGUUGUUGACCCGAAAACUGGUAACAUUCUCUUAUCAUCGGGGGUUAUUGACCCAAGAACUGGAAAACUUGACACUACACUCGGACAACAAUACAGUAUCGUAGACAAACCUACAUCAACUUUUGCUUCACUACCUGGAAAAGAAAUACAAGUUGUCGCUAUUACUGGAAAGUAUGACGCAAAGAAUAAGAAAUUAGAUAAUCCGAAUGGCUUUGUUGAGACGUCACAAGGUAUUAUUAGUGACAGAGACAGUAAAGUCCACUGCAACUUUGGUAUUUUGGAUCCGAACAACGGCAAAAUCUAUUACACCGAUCCUAAAACAGGUAAACGUGAUUCCAAGCAAGCCACUAUGGAUCCUAAGAGUGGUAGUUUCCUCCUAACUUCUGGCGUGAUUGAUCCUAAGACGGGCAAAACUGAUUCAUCUCUUGCACAGCAAUUGGCUAUUGUUGAUAAAGACGCUCCCAAAGGAAUACCUGAAAGACUGGUCAAUUUGGUAAUUGUAACAUCAAAAUACGAUCUUAAGAACAAAAAGCUUGAUCUAUCUAAUGCUCACGUUAACGCAAUUCCCGGUAAAGUGGAUGAUGACGAUAAAGUACACACUGAACUGGGUGUUAUCGACCCAGCUACUGGUCAAAUUACAGUUACGGAUCCUAUAACCGGUAAACAAGAAAUUAAGAAAGCUGUAGUUGAUAACAAAACAGGAAACAUGUUUCUCACAUCCGGAGUUGUUGACCCCAACACAGGCGUAGUGGAUCCGACAUUGGGACAACAGUAUACAAUUGUUAAUAAACCUAAAGACACAUUCGCAUCUGUACCUGGUAGAGAAGUACAACUUGUGAUCAUUACCAGUAAGUAUGAUCCUAAAUACAAGAGGCUGGAUAAUCCUAAUGGUCAUAUUGAAACCUCACGUGCUAUUAUUGCCUCUGACGGUAGGAUACAUUCGAACUUUGGUAUAUUAGAUCCCAAAACAGGCAAAUUAGAACAAAUUGACCCUGUGACUGGAAAUCCAGAAGUGCGAAACGCUGUUGCAGAUCCUAAAACUGGACACCUUAUUCUUACAUCUGGUGUUGUUGAUCCUAAAACAGGAAAAGCAGAUUCAUCUCUUGCCCAACAGAUUAGUAUUGUUGACAAAGACGCUAAACCAGUUGAGAGAGAAAUUCAUGUCGUCAUUAUAACAACAAAAUAUGAUCCGAGGACAAAGAAAAUUGAUCCUAGCCAAGGAACCGUUGAAACCGUUAGCGGCACAGUUGGUCCUGAUGGCAAAAUACGUACUGAAUUUGGUACGGUUGAUCCUGCAACCGGAGAAAUCACAAUAACCGAUCCUAGGACUGGCAAACAAGAAACAAAGAAAGCUCAAGUCGAUCCAGCAACGGGUCAUAUGUUGAUUACGAGUCAAGUUGUUGAUCCAAAGACUGGUAAAGUGGACCCUGCUUUGGCACAACAAUACAGCAUUGUUAACAAACCGGUCGUAUCACAUGCAAAACCAGCAUCUAGAGGUGAAGUUAGACUUGUUAUUGUAACAAGCAAAUAUGAUCCUAAAUCAAAGACUGUUGACGCUGGUGCUGGAACCAUCGACGCUUCCAAGGGCUACGUUAGCACUGAAGACGGAAAAAUACACACAGACUUUGGUAUUAUUGACCCGAAAUCUGGUCAGAUACUUUACAAAGAUCCUAUUACAGGAAAACAGGAAUUGAAGCAAGCUGAAGUUGAUCCCAAGACAGGAAAUAUUAUAGUGACAUCGUCUGUUGUGGAUCCUAAGACGGGUAAAGUUGAUCCUACAUUCGCUCAACAAUUAGUUAUUGUUGAUAAGCAGAAUGUGCUGUCUAAAGUAGCGCCAGUUUCUCAGAGAACUAGCUUACCUCCUGCCUCGUUACCUUCACCUGUAAAGACUCCUAGAACUACGCCAGUUCAAACACCCUUACAGUCGCCAGUACGAACAACAUCUCCCAUUGUAAGCCAAUUUCAAAAGGCCUCACCAGUUACUACAGUUCGAGCGAUGACUCCAACUAAACCGACGACAGCGCCGCCAGAACCGCCUAAAAGGAAAAUCGUUAAAAUUAUGGUCGUCUUUACAAGACUUGAUCCUAAGACAAAGAAACCAGACUUCCAUACUGCUGAGGUUGAACACUUAACUGGAGUCCUUGAUCCAAACGGCUUAGUUGAAACCAAGUACGGUGUUAUAGAUUCAAAGAAAGGCAGUAUCCUCAUUACGGACGUUGCAGGCCAAAAGCAGACUAAAGAUGGAUUGAUUCUUAAUGAAACUGGUCAAAUUUUCAUUAAUUCUGGUGCUAUUGACCCUAAAACAGGCAAAAUUGAUUCAAAUAUGGGCAUGAUUGUAAGUAUUGCCAAACAAGAUGAUCCUGUAGUAGAAAUCACGACAAUCACAGGUCCAAUUGAUUCUAGAACAGGCAAGGUAAAUAUUGCUGAUGGUGUUGUUGAGCAUACAAAAGGUAAAGUGGACGCUGAGACCGGAAAUAUUUCAACUAAAUAUGGUGUAAUUGAUCCUUCCAAUGGUGUAAUAUUCGUCACUGAUAACUAUGGAGCUCAAGAUACGAAAUCUAUUCAGAUUGAUGAGAAUAACGGUCAAAUAACAGUCGUUGGUGUUGUCCAUCCAAAGACCGGAAAAGUAGAUCCUGAAUAUGGACAAGUACUCGUCGUCGGCAGUCACAUCGAUCCUGUAGUUGAAGUUACGACAUUUGCAGGAAAAUUAGACACUAAGAAAGGUGUCAUUGAACCCAAACAUUCAGUCAUCGAAAGUAGCACAGGUCAACUAAAUCCUGAUAAUAAUAAAAUCGAUACUAAGUACGGACAAAUUGAUCUCGUUAAGGGCACAGUGACGUAUAAUGAUCCUAAAACCGGAAGAUUCGAGAGUAAAGAACUUAAAAUCGACCCUGUUACCGGACAAUUUUUGUUACGAAGUGGACAAGUUAAUCCUAAAUCUGGAAAGCCAGAUAAGGAUAUUGGUAGGUUGAUGUGUCUAAGAAUAAUCCAGACUAAAGUGGAUCCCAUCACUGGCAAGCAGAUUGUUUCUAAUGAUCCAAGAAACGUCAAAGUCGAUCCCAAAACAAAUCAAAUAUGGAUCGCUGGGCCAAAAGACCCGCUUACCGGAGAGGUUUUGUACACAGCCGGUCAAGUCGAUCCAAACACCGGAUACAUUAUUACUAUUUACGGUCGAAUGGAUCCUAAAACAGGAAAUAUUACGAGAGCACCGGAUGUCGACAAAUCUCUCAUUAAAGUCGAUCCAGUUAACGGACAGAUUUACACGGCCACCGGAGACGUUGAUGAAGAUAGCGAACCACUCUACUCCGCCUCUCAAGUUGAUCCCGGUAGCGGUGAAAUAUACACUAAAGUGGGUAAAAUUGACCCAAGAACAGGCAAGCUUAUCAUUAUUAGAAUUUAUGUCAUCACACAAAAGGACGAGAAGGGCAGGGUUAAGGAACUCGACCCCAAGGAAUGUACAAUCGAUGAAACGACCGGUAGGAUCAUAACAACUAAGACAGUUUACGUCUACCAAAUCAUCGAUCCAAUUACUGGUGAGACAAUCGACGUUGAUCCAGAUGACCCAAGGCUGAAAGGCGCGCGUACUACUGUCACUCAGACUAUGACGCUAUCUGGUAAGAUCGACCCUGUCACGGGAAGAAUCAAAACGGAAUACGGGGACAUAGACCCGGACACAGGUGAUAUAGACCCGAGCACAGCCGUCAGAGACCCUGUAACCGGACAGCUAAUUUUACACUACUCUCAAAUAGAUCCGUCACAUUUUGAAGAUAAGAGCGGCAACUACACAAUAGAAAAGGAAACCCACGACUUACCCGCAAAUAUUGACAUUCAAACAGUAAACACGCACAAAUUUUCAACUUUCGGAAAAGAUGAGAGCCCGGCGCGUGGGGACGAGCCAAAAACCUUCACAGAGUAUACAACUAGCGAGCAUAUAAGGCAUCAGGGUUACGUGUCAUCCUCCACCCCUCUAUCCUCCAAGAUUCCAGUUUCACAGCGCUCUAAGAAAACACCGACUCCGCCUGUCGUCGUCAAAACAACCACAAAGCAACUGCUGACGAAAAACGAUGACGGCGUCACUCACAACGUGGAACACGAAGUCGAAAAUCUCGGAACCGGAGAGGUCACGUUUUCGACUCACACGAAUAAGGCGGAUGUGGAGCCGACGGAGGGCAAGAGCCCCUACGUGACCGCGAGGGCUGUGACCACCCGGACUGCUACCACUCACCAUGACCUGGACACCCAGGCUCGGACUCAACAAAUGGAGGAGAGAACAGUAGCCCAGACCCUUACAUCAUCAGCUACUCGCCAGGAACAAAGAGUCCUAACCCAGGAGGUCAAAACCACAGUCACAACCGGAGACAAGCUAACUAGACACGGCUCGAAUAGUUCCAUAAGCAGUGGAGACUCGGGGACCCCCAUCGACUUCGAAGAAGGGGGUGAAGGGCACUACUACGUCACUGAGCCGGGAUCGCAACGCACGACCACCACAUCGACGGUGAUGGGUAAUGCUCCAUUCGGCAGUAUGGUGCAUGGGGCCGCUAUGAGCACAGGACCACAACCCUCGCCUCCAGAAGAAGUUCCGGCGGAGGGUGAGGUGGUGUCCUCGCAGACCAUCAGCUCCAAGACGCGUACUGUCGAAACUAUCACCUACAAGACGGAGCGCAACGGCGUGGUAGAAACUCGCGUCGAACAGAAGAUCACCAUCCAGUCUGAUGGAGACCCCAUCGAUCACGAUCGAGCACUCGCUGAGGCCAUACAGGAAGCAACAGCGAUGAAUCCAGACAUGACGGUCGAGAAGAUCGAAAUCCAGCAACAGAGCACGCAGCCCUAACAACAUAGCCCUUACUUUAACCUACCGUACCCUUACCCUACCUUUACCCCACCCUUACCCUACCCUUACCCUACCCUUACCCUACUCUUACCCUACUCUUACCCUACCCUACUAGCAUGACAAUGUAACGCUUUACACCCGUUGUCUUGACAUGUCACGAUAUCUUGUAUAUAUUGACAAAAUGUCAGAAGCUCGGGAGCUUUCGAUGUUAAACAAAUCAAUUCGUAUAUUGAAAACGAUUCGUUUUCCAUAUUUAAAUGGUUCGUAAGGAAAACGGAUCGUUUUAAUAUAAGGACGCGGCUUAACGCCCAGUUUCUUAUAUUCAGAAAAUUAUUCGUUUUAUAUUAUUAUUAAAUAAAACGGUUCGUAGGUAAAACGAAUCGUUUUCUAAAUAUAGGAACACGGUUUCAAUCGUCGAAACGGCGAAAUAAUUGUGUGUAUAUGGAGACAUACGUUUAGUUGUAAGUGACGUCACGGCGAAUAUUAUCUAAGGUUAGGAAUUUUUUUAUAUAUCGAUGUUGUGUCGAAGCGCACUCUUAUGUUAAUUAUAUUAAAAGUAUGCAAUUUAAAUUGUAUGUAAAAAUUAUUAUAAGUGAACGCAGCAUUUUUGUUUGGUUUCUUUUUGCCGAUACAAAAAAUCGGUUCUAUUAAUAAGCUUAGGCUAAGCGGAUAUCUAGCUGGGUUUUUUGUACUAAACGUUGCCAUAGCGGAGAAAAGUGUUGUAUCUCGAAGGAUUCUAUAAGCGUUUUUACCUCGGCCUUACAGAUAAAUAAUACUGCUCUCAAGCAGGGUUGUGUUCCUGCUGUGAGUGAGGAGAGCUCCUUGGGAGGGUUUAAAGAAACGUUUUUCGAUAUUAGCUUUAAACAUGUCACGACUUAGACCACCGUUAUUUAGAUUAAAAAUGUAAAGUUUGUUUUUUUUCUCUCUAAAAUCUCAAAUGACCUGAUUGUGUUUAAAAAAAAAACUCGAUUGACAGUUCAAACAUUUUGCCGCGUAAAUUUGACAUUCGACUUUUUUUUCGUAUUUUUAUGUUUACUUCAUAAUUCUAUGUCUAUGUAAAAUGUUAUACGUGUUGAAAGAAAUGUAUAAAAAGCGAGAAUGUCAGGUUUGUACGUGCAAUCGGGACCUAACGUUUAAAAAUAUAAAAUAAUAAUUAUUUACGACAUGUUGCUGUCAUAUUACACCAUUUAGGUGCUAUUUAGUAAUGUAUGUCUUGUGUGUUAGGACUUUAUUUUUUUAAUUUGUUUAAAGCUGGCAAUACAGCUUUAUACGGCUUGUGCGGGAUAAUCUAAUAAAAUUAUAGAUUUUUGUGCUCGUAAAUUAAAAAAAAAUAUGUUAAUUAUUUUUUAUGUUACACUGACAUUUAUCACAGAUAAUUAAUUUUUUUUUUUUUUUUGGUAACUGAACAAACAUCUGUAGUUUCAGUUACUGAUUUUAAGCUAGGACUUACACAUAUUUAAAAUUUUCACAUUUAAUAAUAAAAAGCCAGUUAAGCAUUUCGUAUCACAAGCACAAAAUUAUUAUACGAUUCAAUUCCGAAAACGAAAUUUUAACCAACUUUGUCAAUAAAAUAUAAGUAUUAAAAAGCCCAGACAUACCUCGAGGUAUUGCCAUAUUCUUUUUUACAUUUUUUUAAAAAUAUUUAAACUUCUUUACAAGCAGAAACUCGUUAAGUGUUGAUCGUAUAAUAAUAAACAUUUAAUUAAUAUUAUUUUCACUGCAUCAAUAAUGUAUAAACGACCGGACAUUCCAAUAUACCUGGGUAUCACUUUAAACUAAUCCCAUAUGUAUUAUUUUUUUCACUAAUAUUUGAUCUGUGGGCGGUUUUAUUAUCUGUAUUCAGUAGAUGUUUUCUAAUAUAUAGGUAAUUAUUUAUAGUAGUAUUUAUAUGCACAAAAUAUUUAUUUUUUUCAAUAACAACAUUUUUUAAAUCUGUAACCGCCCACGGAUAAAGUAAUUCUAAGACAGAUGUACAAUUAUUAAUUAAUAUAUUUCUUAUUCUAGUUGUAA